AUGACAGAUUCCUUGGUUCCCAACGCUAAGGCUCAAGAUGCUCGUGCGACCCAAGAUACCUCUUUAUGUAAAAAUGAUGACGCUGUCGGAGAGUUCGACGUUCAGUCUAAAUCAAUUACACCGAUAGACGAGAGCGACAACUUGAUAGAGAGCAUCAACGUGCAAGAGGAGGAAGAAUCAACACCAUCGAGCACGAUACUCAAUAUCCGCGACAACGAUCGCUAUGGCCACUUCACUUGCUGCAAAGCAACACCACUGCUGCCUCAAUUUCCCUGUCCUUUCAUAUUGAUCAUCCAAACCAAAUACGACAUCAAACUCGAACUGACCCACGAUGGGAGCAAAGCUUUUGUCAUCGCGGCUAACAAGCCAACUGAAUCAGCAUAA